AUGAAUUGGAUGACAGUGAAAUCGGAUGUGGUGUCGAGUUUUGAGGUACACGAGAUCGUUCCUGAUAUCGUGCCGAAGGCCCCUAACGCCGUUGCUUCUGUUCUCUAUCCCAGUGGUGUUGUCGUGAAUCUCGGCAAUGUGCUGAUGCCAAGUAGCGUGCAGGAGACGCCUAUCGUCGAGUGGGACGCAGACUCGAACCAAUUCUACACAUUGGCCAUGAUUGAUGCUGAUCCCCCGUCGCGUGCUGAACCCACAGCCCGCGAAUAUCAACACUGGCUUGUAGGGAACGUGCCCGGCGCUAAUAUAGAGGAAGGUGAAAGACUCUCCGACUACAUCGGCUCUGGUCCUCCCGCAGGUACUGGCCUGCACAGAUACGUCUUCCUGGUCUACCAGCAACCUGGAAAACUGACCUUUGAUGAGCCCAGACUGACCAAUGUAUUGUCAUCUGAGCGUGGAGGGUUCUCUAUCGCCGAUUUCGCAAUAAAAUACAGCAUGGGCGAUCCAAUAGCGGGCAACUUCUACCAAUCCGAGUACGAAGAUUAG